CGGAGGGACGCAUCACGCCGGGGCGGGGAAGCCGGAUCCCUGCGCAGGGUUGCUAAGGGUGAAACUUUUCAUUGACUUUGCUCACUUCGGGCCGGGGCGCGGGAAGGAGCGAGUCUCCGGCGGGACUGAGUGCGGUGGCACGGGCGACGCGUGGCCCGAAAAGCAGGACCUGCCCGUCGGCUACAACCCUUCCGUCCUCCGCUCCCCAACGCAAACCACUCUCGGUGUACCAUCCCCGGGCCGACGCCGCCGGCCCCGUCCACCCGCCCGUCCUCGGCCCCGGGCCGCCAAACCCGACCUCCGGAAGGCUGAAAGAAUUCAAUAAAGAGUCCGAGUCACAGCCCUCUUCUGGCCCCCAACUCUCAACCACGAAGAGGACACCUCGAACCCCGGCUCUGCGGCACCCGGGCAGCCCCGGAGAGCCGUCGGCGUGCGCCCCGCGCUCAGGACCACCCUGGCCGGCCGGAGAAGCCGCCCCGUGGCCGGCACGCCGCCCCGCCGCCGUCGCGGACACCCGAAACUCUUUGCAGCUCAAGGCUGCCCGCUUUGUAUCUCCUGCCACUGACCUUGGCCCGUGCAUGUGAGCUGAGCUGAUCGCCCGCCUAGAAAAGGAUCAUGCAGCUGGAGAUCAAAGUGGCUCUGAACUUCAUCAUCUCAUAUUUGUACAACAAGCUGCCCCGCCGCCGGGCAGACCUGUUUGGGGAGGAGCUAGAGCGGCUUUUGAAGAAGAAAUAUGAGGGCCACUGGUAUCCUGACAAGCCAUUGAAGGGUUCUGGCUUCCGCUGUGUCCACAUAGGGGAGAUGGUGGACCCUGUGGUGGAGCUGGCUGCCAAGCGAAGUGGCCUGGCAGUGGAGGAUGUGCGGGCCAACGUGCCGGAGGAGCUGAGCGUCUGGAUCGACCCUUUUGAGGUGUCCUACCAGAUCGGGGAGAAGGGCACUGUGAAAGUUCUAUACCUGGACGAUAGCGAGGGCGGCGGGACCCCCGAGCUGGACAAGGAGAUCAAGAGCAGCUUCAACCCUGAUGCCCAGGUAUUUGUACCCAUCAGCAGCCAGAACAGCUCCCUGUCCAACUCCCCGUCUCCAUCCUUCGGCCAGUCCCCCAGCCCCACCUUCAUCCCCCGUUCCUCCCAGCCCAUCACCUUCACCACCGCCUCCUUCGCUGCCACCAAAUUUGGCUCCACCAAGAUGAAGAAAGGUGGUGGGGCGUCGGGUGGGGGGGGUGUGGCCAGCAGCGGGGCCAGCGGCCAGCAGCCAGCACAGCAACAACCUCGUGUCGCCCGCUCGCCCACCACCAACCUGCAGAAGCACAAGAGCCUGUCUUUAUCUAUGCAUUCACUGAACUUCAUGGCGGCCAACGCGGCCCCACAGUCCCAGCUCUCACCCAAUGCCAAGGAGUUUGUCUACAACGGUGGUGGCUCACCCAGCCUCUUCUUUGAUGGGGCUGAUGGCCAGGGCGGCGGGGCUGGCACCUGCAGUGGUGGCGGUAGCGGCGGCAGCUUCGACGUGGCCCAGGUGUUCGGAGGUGGCGCUAACAGCCUCUUCCUGGAGAAGACGCCCUUCGUGGAAGGCCUCAGCUACAACCUGAACAGCAUGCAGUACCCCAGCCAGCCAUUCCAGCCCGUGGUGCUGGCCAACUGACCGCCCCCCGCCUGUCAGGCCAGGAGCGCUCCAGACCAGGGAAAAGAGAAAGGAAAGGCCAAAAACACGAGGGCAAGAAAACGAUCCAAGAAGAGGUUCCAUCUUUUCCCUCUCGCUUCUAGAAGAAAGAUCCGGGGCUCGGGCGAGGAGUGGGAAGGGCUCAGAGCACCGAAUUGUGUUUAACUCCACCACUUGACAUUUUCCUGCCUGCCUCUGAUUUAUUCGGUUGAUUUGGGUUUUGUAUUUUUCCUUUUUUUUCUUUUUUACACGUAGUUUUCCUUAUACCAUCGUUAAUUAGUGGCUUCCUGUGCGAAGAAUGGCCCAGCUGUGACUCGCAGCUCCCUCCCUCCCUCCCUCCUUCACACUCCUUUAAGGAUGGUCGCAUUCAUGCAUUCGUGCUCACCGGGAAGGAAGGGCAGCAGCUAGAGCCACACCUCUCCCCAGAGCAGGGGGAGAGGCUGGCCCUGUGUCACUCACUGCAUGUCACCCGGCUGUCCUCAAAGCCAUCCAACCUCAGCUGGCCACUGAACACCCUCCCCUGUGCAGCUAGUGUCCUGAUGACUACAGGGAGGGUCGCACUGUGUCUCGUUGAAAUGCUUUUCAUCUCUGUCCUUUGGCCCCAUCCCACCAUACUCUCCUGGCCCCGGAGGUCCAUCUAUUGAUCCAUGCCAAGGGGGCGGGGUGGGGCGGGGCGGGGCGGGGCGGGGCAGAGCAUGUGUAUGUGUCUGUGUUUUCUCUCCCGUGCUAAAGGAUUCCGAGCCAUGUGGAGCUUCCCCUCUGGAUGUGACUCUCCAAGGUGACCCCGAGGUUGGGGUGUCAGCCCUCUUGCAGGGGUGUCCACACCGCGAGGUGAUGUGUGUCCGAGCCUGAGAGCCUCCCGGGAGGGGUUGCGGGGGGUCCCCCACACUGAGGGAUCUGCACUUUGGUUUGUUGUUUUUUGACCAAAAAAAAUUUUUUUUUUAAAUGGUUUGCUCCAAGACGGGGAAAACCCCCCAACCUCCGACACCCACACGCCCCACGGCCCUGGCCCGGUCACGUGACUUGAGCCCCCGGCAGGCAGAGCAGGAGUUCCCAGUCAGUGCCGUGUGUGUGUGUGUGUGUGUGUGUGCGUGCGCGCGCGCGCGCGCGCGCGCGUGUGUAUGUGUGUCCGUGUCCCGUGGCACUGAGCCUGGCGUGGAGGCGCUCGCGCACCUCUGUGCCCUGCUUAACAGCUGCUGAGUUGCUGUCCCAUGCCAUCCCCCCUCGGGGCUCGGACGCUGUGAGGCCCGGUCUCCUGGGAAGGCCAGGCUGGAUGGCACAAGGCCCUGGGGUCACAGCGGUCCCCUUGCUCCCCCGCCUCUAGAAGGGAGGGUUUUCUCUGACCCAGGAGCAGCUCCAAACCACCAUGCUUUGGCCUACGAGUACUUAGCACCAGGGACCCCAAGUGGAACUGCUGUGGCCGUGGAGAGGGCCCAGACAGACACUGCCAGCCUCUCCCUGCAGUGGACACCAGCACUACCUCCCCAGCGGGCGGAGCCUGCUCUGCGCCCAGCUCCAUCUGUUCCUUCCACCUCAGGGGCCCGCCCGGGCCCGGCCACCCUCUCUUGUCCUUGGCUGACGCACAGGUGACAGGCCCCAGGCAGAUGGCUUCUCUCUGGGACAGGUUGGGCGCUGCCUUAUCCCCGCUUCCCAGUCCCCCCCCCGUACCCAUGCACACCGGCCCCCCCUCCCCGCACCGGGCUGGGCGAGGUAGGGGGAAGGGGUCCAAGCCCCCUUUAAAAGAAGAAAAAUGAGUGUUGAGGCCCGUGACUCCAGCGCUGGGCUUCCAUGCCCAGCUCAGUCUGUCUUGUCUCAAAUCCAGGCAUUUUUGCUUCAACUUUAUUUUUUUUAAAGGAAAAAGAAGAAAAAAACCACACAAUUCUGCACUACAAUGUACCUGGUUUCAUAGGACUUUUUUUUUAUUUUUUACAUUUCUUGGUGUCCGUUUGUAUUGAUAAUUUGCUACAUUUGUAAAAUGUAAGAGGUAUAUAUAAUAUAUGUAUAUUUCUAACGUAAGAACCGUACAUUUUUUUCUUUUCAGGAUUUUUUCUUAAAAAAAAGGAGAUAAACUGAUAUUUUUUCAGGAAAAACAAACUUUAAAAUAAAAAGAGAGGAGAAUAAAACCUUUUUCUCCCCUUUUCCUAUCCUCUGUCUCUGUCCUCCUUCCCCGGGAACCAGUCACACGGGGGAUUAUUUUGUAAAGAAUGGAAAACUGUCUGUUCAGAAGGGUGGCCUUUCCGCAGCGCAGAGCACUCUGGAUAGAUUCUUCAGUCUUUGGGGAUGGGAAGGGGAUGUUGGGACAGCCGCAGAGGAGCUAGGGGUGCAGGGAAAUGACCUGUUUUUCUUUAGUGAAGGAGGAAUACAAUCAGACGUUUUGUAUUCAGAAUGUUGUGCAAUAUUUUGGAAUGGGACAUUGGUGUGUUUAGAGAUUUAGUUUAAAAAAAAAACACAAAAAGAUUGAUCAAAUCUGUACAGUUUAUAUUGUUCCAGAUUUUUUUAAGUUUGUAUUAAAAGCAUGAUAUAUAAUA